AUGAGCAAAACAUUUUUUGUGGUAAUAGCUUCCGUUGCCGCUAACAUUCUCCUUUUAAUUAUACUUAUUCUCUGCAGUAAAUUUUAUACUUGGAAAAGAAGAUCAGAUGAAUAUAGGGUAGAAGAAAAGAAAUUUUCAUUGGACAUUGAAGAUGGGGUGGAAGUUAAAGAAAAUGAAGAUUCAGAAAAAUUUAUUAUAUUGGGGAAGGAUGAUGUUAAAUAUAUUGUUAAUGGAAAUAUAAAUAAGGAGACUUGAGUGAA